AUGCUCUCCGCGUGUGUCCUUGCCGCCCUGGCAUUUGCAGCCAGCAUAUGGCGGCUGCGCCUUUUCAUCACCGCACGAAAGACGCCUGACGGCCUCAAAGAUCUCCCAGGGCCCAAGGGCUAUCUAAUAAUCGGCAGCAUACUAGAGUUUCCAAAGACUUUCUCAUACCACAAGUUCAAGGAGUGGUCGGACAAAUACGGACCUAUUUUCCAAGUCAAGAUCUUGGGCAAAACCCACGUCGUCAUCUCAGAUAUCGAGAUUGCGAAUGAAUUGCUUGCCCUAAGAGGAUCCUAUUACUCAGACCGCCCGCGGAUCGUCAUGCUCCACGAACUUGUCUCUAGAUAUGGCAAUCUGGGAUCCAGUCCACAAAAUGAAUACUGGAAAAACGGCCGCAAAUUCUCAUCGACGACGCUAUCAUCGAACGCCCUUGAGCAAUGGAAUGCGGUGCAGGUACACCAGGCGGCAAGGCUAGUGUAUGACCUGGUCAGUGAUGCCAGCAAGUAUGAAUACCUAUUCGAGCGCUAUUCGGCGACAGUGGCGCUCAGAGUCCUCUACAACAAAACCCUCACAAGAUCGGAAGAAAAGGAACAUCUCGACAAGAUAACUGCAAUAUACCUGCCGUCGUGGCUGGCGCCAUUCAAGGUGGAAGCAAACCGGCUACAUGAAUUUGAGUAUUCCUACUUUCGCAAUCUCCUCGCCGAGGGUCAACAGCAUUUCCGCCCCGAGGAGGACCACGCCAAGAGACCCCAGGCCUUGAUCCAAGCGUAUGUGAGCGACAAGGGUUCCUGGAACUUGAGUGAUUUUGAGAUCGCUUAUGUCAUGGGGACGCUGCUCGAAGGAGGGUCUGGGACUACAUCAUCCGCCAUGCAGUCUUACUGUCUAGCUAUGUGGCACUAUCCUGAAUGGCAGAAGAAGGUCCAAGACGAAAUCGAUCGCGUUGUGGGAGACCACCUGCCUUCGUUCGACGACUGUCCUGAUCUACCAAUCGUACGUGCGGUGAUGAAGGAAACCCUCAGAUGGAGACCCGUUGUUCCCGGAGGUAUUCCUCAUCGCGCCACGAAAGACGACACAUAUAAUGGCUUCUUCGUCCCGAAAGGCGCUACUGUCCACGCAAACCAAUACGCCAUGUUCAAAGAUGAAGCCACAUACCCCGACGCCGAGGCCUUCAACCCGGAUCGAUGGCUAAACCCGAAUUACCCAACCUACCAAGAACCUCUGACCCAAUACCCGAAUCUCAAGCGCUUUCCUGCCUUCGGAUUUGGUCGAAGGAUUUGUCCCGGGCUUGUGCUCGCAGAGCGGUCGCUAUUCAUUGAGAUCUCAAUGUUGAUGUGGCUAUGCAGCGUGACGAAGAAAUUGGACGAGGAGGGCCAAGUGAUUCCUGUGCCGUGGUAUGACUACAAGCCUGGCAACAAUACAGGACCUAACAGGUUCCAUUUCGAGGUGGAGAUGCGCGAACAACAGAGGCUGCAAAUCCUUGCAAACGUGGUUGGGAUCUCGUGA